GGCAGCGAGAAAACAUUAGUGUUUUGUCAUUAGUCAAUAUAAGUGCAGUCAGUUCAUUUAUAAUGGGCCUCGUCCAGCGGCUUUUAUUAGCUCUGCUCUUCGUCCUUGUAUACACAGAUGUGUGUACUGGAACUAAUAAUAUCUAUAGUAAUGACACUGUAACCCUCAAGAUCUCGGACAGCACAAAAUCAAUCUCAGGCAAACCUGGAACCAGACAUAAUCUUGACUUUAUCCUGACAAAUCAUGGAGCUCCGGGUUCCUUCAUGAUCAGACAAGAAUCCAGAGAGAUAUCAGGAGCUCUUAGUGUUGGUCGAGUUACGCUUAACAGUGACGAUAUGUACACCAUCAGGGUAACCGACAUCCUCCUGCCCUCCUCCAUCGGCGAGUACCUUAACUACAUCAUAGUUGCAGAGAGGGAGGGAUCCUUUAAUCAGAGAUCCAGUUGGGAUAAACCAGAUAUAAAUGGAGGUUAUAAUAAUGGAGGCUACAAUAAUGGAAAUAAACCAGACAUAAAUGGAGGUUAUAACAAUGGAGGCUACAAUAAUGGAAAUAAACCCGACAUAAAUGGAGGUUACAACAAUGGAGGCAUCAAUAAUGGAAAUAAACCAGACAUAAAUGGAGGUUAUAACAAUGGAGGCUACAAUAAUGGAAAUAAACCAGACAUAAAUGGAGGUUACAAUAACGGAGGCAUCAAUAAUGGAAAUAAGCCAGACAUAAAUGGAGGUUAUAACAACGGAGGCAACAAUAAUGGAAAUAAACCAGAUAUUAAUGGAGGUUAUAAUAAUGGAGGUUACAAUAAUGGAAAUAAACCAGACAUGAAUGGCGGUUAUAACAAUGGUGGAAAUAAUGGAGGGUAUAACAACGGAGGUUACAAUAAUGGAGGAGGUAAUGGAGGGUAUAACAGUGGAGGUGGCAAUGGAAAUUAUAACAAUGGAGACAAACCAGACAUAAAUGGGGGUUAUAACAAUGGAGGUUAUAAUAAUGGUGGUUACAAUAAUGGAGGACAGUCAGGUGGCAAUGGAGGCUACAAUAGUGGAGACCGAAACGACGAUUGGAAUAACAAUGGAGGAUACCAUGGUGGAGAUGAGAACUACCUUCCUCCAGGAUACAAGACCUCAGCUAAAGUAACUGUUCUAGUUCAUGUUCAUGACAGAUAUAUUCCUCCAGAUACAAUCCUACCCAGGGUAGCAACUCAAUCCGUGGAGAACAACUGCAGGCCGGAUUCAUCCUGCUCCCAGCAGACCUGGAGAGCUAGAUUCAAGGUUCAAGAUGAUAACUCCGGGUUGUACAGAGUAUCAGUUAAAGAUAGCAAUAAUAAUGCUCCGUUCUGGUGGAAGGAAUAUCAUCCAAUAGGAGGUCGUGAGGAGGUUGAUGUAGAGGCUCUAGUAUCCUGCUGUUCUACUGGGGUCAGCCUCGAGGUUGAGGAUGUGGAGGACAACCUCCUUGUGGCUUACGAGAACUUAAGUGAUUUCACCGAACCAAGUAAUCUUAAUAUAAUUAUUGGUAUUUCCGUCGGAGUUGGUCUCCUGGUCCUGGUAGCACUUAUAGCACUCGGAGCAUUCUUCUAUAGGAGAAAAUAUCAAUCCGUUUCUCAAGGAGAAUAAUUCUUAUAACAAAUAUUGUAUAUUUACCAUAGUUUUAGAUACAUUGAUAAACAGAUUUAACUAUUU